UCGUAACUUACAACUGAGCGACACAUAGGUAGGGAGCUGGCCUCCGUGAUAGGUAAAUAAGUGGAAGCUGUGGCAAGUUCGACAUAAAAAUAACUUCAUUGUCAUUACGGAUAAAUCCGAUCGGAUAAUUGGACAAUGUUUGCCGAAUAAGAACCCAUUACGUCAGGUGAUUUGUUGUGUUGUUAUCGAGUUCCAGCAAGAUAAAAAGCAACCGAGCUAGCUUGCUAGCUAGCCAGUCAGCUAACAUGUUUGUGCAGGAGGAAAAGAUAUUUGCUGGGAAGGUACUGAAGAUUCAUGUCUGUACCAUGGAAGGGACGGAGUGGCUUGAAGAGAUAACCGAGGACACUACAGUUGAAAAGCUCAAAGAGAAUUGCUUAAAACACAAUGCACAUGGAAGUCUGGAGGACCCAAAGGCUGUGACACAGCACAAACUCAUCCAUGCUGCUUCAGAGAGGGUACUUGCAGACACCAAAACCAUUGCAGAGGAAAAUAUCAGAGAUAAAGACGUUUUGCUUUUAGUAAGGAAGAGGCCCCAACCUCCCGCACCCAAAAUGGCAGACAUAUCAGGGGAAGAGAAGAAAAAGCAGGAGAACAAGGCUCCGGACAAAGAAGCGAUCCUGAAGGCAACCGCCGGACUCUCCACCAGAGAAACCGACCGCACAGUCGCGCAGCACAACAUCCGAGAUUUCCAAACAGAACUCAGGAAGAUCCUUGUCUCGCUUAUUGAAGUGGCUCAGAAGCUGUUGGCAAUGAACCCUGACGCCGUAGAACUGUUCAAGAAAGCCAACGCCAUGCUGGACGAGGAUGAGGAGGACCGGGUCGACGAGACGGCGCUCCAUCAGCUGACCGAGAUGGGGUUCCCCGAGAGCCGGGCCAUCAAGGCCCUGCGUCUGAACCACAUGUCGGUGACGCAGGCCAUGGAGUGGCUCAUCGAGCACGUGGAUGACCCCGCGCUCGACACCCCCCUGGCGGGACAGGAGACGAGCGGGGCGGCCGCGGCCCCCGAGCCCCCCGUCACCACGGCAGCAGGUGCCGCCGCCGCCCCCGCCCCGCCCCUGCUCAAGAGGGUCUCCUCCCAGUCCAGCACGGAGGACGGCAAGCCCGACGAGCUCACCGAGAUCUUCAAGAGGAUCCGCAGAAAACGGGAGUUCAGGCCGGACUCACGGGCGGUGAUCGCGUUAAUGGAGAUGGGCUUCGAUGAGAAGGAGGUGGUCGACGCCCUUCGUGUCAAUAACAACCAGCAGGAUGCCGCGUGCGACUGGCUCUUGGGAGACAGGAAGCCAUCGCCGGAGGACCUGGAUAAGGGCAUCGACACCAGCAGCCCCCUGUUCCAGGCCAUACUGGAGAACCCUGUGGUGCAGCUGGGCCUCACUAACCCCAAAACCCUGCUCGCCUUCGAGGACAUGCUGGAGAAUCCGCUCAACAGCACCCAGUGGAUGAACGACCCGGAGACGGGCCCGGUCAUGCUCCAGAUUUCUAGAAUCUUCCAGACGCUUAACCGCACGUAGGGCCUGGCUUCUCCGGGGCGGAGGGGACCGGGGGCUGUAAGGGAGUGGUGUGUGCGGUGACUAAAACCUCCGUCGGAUUCGCAGAUUUGGAGCUCGCCGAGGAGUGUGUGUGUGUUAUGAGUAAUGGAAAUAGGACUGCUUAAGGUUCCACAAAGACUAUUGCUCUCGCUCUUGCUCUUGCUCUCUAUUAAUAUAUAUGUAUAUGUAUAUUUAUAUGCUUGUAUAUAAAUAUAUGCAAGCGUAUAAUAUAUAUGCUUGUAAAAACAAUGUAAACUAUCAAUUAUUGUUUUUUGUUUUUUACAUUUUAACAAGAAACAUUUUGAGUUCGAAUAGAUUUUUAACUACAUGUCACCCUGUCAAAAAAAAUGACAGAAGGUCAUCAAACAAAUGUUUACACUUCCAGAAAUGGCUUUGUUGUUUUUUGUUGGUUAUCAUUUUUAAAGUGUCUGUCUGUGGCAUCUUUGUUACUCUCACAAUUGUACGUAUGUUGUGAGGGAUGAAUGUGCUUAUUUUCCGUCUCCUGUUUAGCUUCGUCUCGUUUAUGUGUGAGUGUGUAACUAUAUAACACCUGUGCGCAUGUGAAGUGGUGGAGAUUGAAUGCAGAGAUGAGAGAAGGUCGAUCUCAUUUCUUCUGUAGAAUCCAUAGAUGUUCCAGCAUUCCGGAAAGCCAAAGGAUCAACAGUGGAGUUCCAUGUAGGAAGUAAAAGUGGCUUAAUAGUCGCUGGUCCCACCACUGGCUACCUAAUACUGGCCUUCUUACCCUAUUUCACAUGCCAGUCAUUUGUUUUUCAUAUUUAAAAGUUGUAUGUCAACGGCCCAGACCAGCUCUAGUCCCUACUCUUGUAACCAAAAAAAUACAAAAACCCAAAUUCCCAUUUACAUAAGCAUGGAACAGAAAGUAGUCUUUUUGAAACUCCGCUGUUGUUUACUUUAGCUUGGUGGAUAUGCCGUUAAACCCUGAGAGCACCAGUGCUGAAGGUUACCUGACCCCAGCUCUGUGUACAGCCCGGUGGGAUGAGUCAGUAGGUCUGGUACAGUAGAAGUGUCCUCCCCACUCAGUCAGGGACUGAGCCUUGACAUUUUAAGUUUUUGCUUUUUCUAGGACUAUUUAUUUAAUUAACAAGCCUUGCCUUUUAGGUUUAAGUUGUUUUGUGUCUGUCUUUUUAUAUAGAUUUUAGGUCAUGGGAUUUGUUUGUCAUUGUCUGAACGAUUCCUCACGACAGUGACCAUUAGCUAGGUCACGAUUGUCCACGUUCAACCACUCUCCACUCUGGCAUGCUAUAUCUUCUAUUUAAUUUUUUUUUGCAUUUCUGUCAUGUCUGGGAGUCAAAAAUAACUUUAUUUACAAUGCUUUUUCAAGAGUGACUCUGCAAGGUGAUGUGGGAAAUUUGCUGUUUUUGGUAAAUAAACCCCCCUACUCACAAUACAGAUUUCAGUGGAAAUGAAAGUUAAAUAGCAUUUUAUGAUUUGGCGCAGUGCAUCCUGUUACAUCAGGAAUGGGCAAAAACAUUUGUUUAAGUGAACCAUCACCCUUUCACAGCUAUGCACUGUGUCCCCAUAGCUGAUUGUACAUUCAGUUAAUUAACGUGGCUCUCUCAAUGACCAAAUCUCAGAGAGUUCCUGUGCACUGCAUGCUCGAUGAGGAGAGAAAUGGGGGGAGCUCCACGAAUCUUUUGAAACCGCAGAGAGGCGAACCUCCUCCUUCCUCCUGCUCAAGUUGACCCAGUGCGAGUAUUAUCGGGUGCGUGUGGUGCAUAGUGCCUACAGUCCCCCAUGCUCUCCUGCGGAUGCUGAACUCUCCGGAGCAGACUGCGUAUACCAGCUUCAGUGUGGGGGGACAAAGGGAGCCAGGAGAGCUGAGGGUGGCUUAGCCAUCGAAAUGUGUAUUCCUCAGGUGCUCUGGCACCCUGCUCUUCUCUGUUCAUUUUUCAGGACAUGCUUUGGUACACAAUGCCUGUAGUCUCUUAAAAAAAACACAUAUACUGUAGAUGCUGGAAAUGUGACCCGUUGCUCUGAAUACGAGGACGCGGUCGAUAAAUCCACCAUGGCCUCUCAUGACUUGUGUUGGGUUGCAUUUGUUGGUAGUCAUGCUGAAUUUGUUACUGAAUGUGCCUCUACUGGUCAGGAAUCAACUGUCAAGCCUCAGUAUGGCUCCCGUAUUUGAUUGGGUUUUCUGAUCUCAAAUAAUAAUAGGUUAUGAUUUGCAUCGAUGUGCUGUCUGUUUAUUUAUAUAUUUAUAGUGUAAUUGAAAAAUAUAAAAUGAUCAGUGUUUACAGUGUUCACGAUACCCCCUGUCACCACUCUCUCUUGUCUCUUCGGGGUGUUUCUGUUCAGCGCUCAAACCUGAGCAAGCCAGACCGUGUUCCUUGAAUUAAUCAGUGGUCUCCUCCUUAUCUGAUCAGACAAACCGCCCACCCUCCCUACCUUGUUUUUUUGUUGUCUAAAAUAUUUUUUAUUUUUUAAAUGCCACUCCUCCCUGUGCCAAAUUACAGUAGGGUGCUGAAACUAUAAUUAUGUGAGCGUGUUUCCUGAGGAAAUUUUGAAAACUCUGCAUUGACUUUGGCCUGGCAUUUCCCCAAUUAUUCUCCUCAUUGCCACCAUGGUAAUCUUUCUACUGUGACUGUGACUGACUGUGGCACAAGUGGAUAUCCAACUAAUCGGAUCGAUCCCACGGCAGGAACAUUGUAGGCUGGAAUCCCAUCAUUGUUCUGGAUGGUAUUGUGAGGGAACUCCACAUUUAGCCAUUCCGAAAAACUCCAACCGCCUAUGCAACCACAUGAUCGCGAAAGGUGUUCAGAUGAAUUAUUUUGUUAUCAGCGCUAUAUUUAAGCAUUAAAUAACUAUGUACAGUUGAAUGUA